AUGCCUGCGCGAACCAUUGCUCCUGAGAAUAUUCAGGGUGUUCUGGACCAUGUCAUACCCCAUAUUAGCAAGCACCUCCAAGCUCAGGCCAACGGUGCCCCCUCCAAGCCCUUCAUUCUGGGAUUGACUGGCCUCCAGGGAAGUGGCAAAUCAACCUGGACGGAUGCCCUAGUGCAGUCCCUCAACGAAACCCAUAACUACAACUCCAUAAAUCUGUCGCUAGACGAUCUAUACCUCGACCAUGAUGACCUGGUGCGCGUUCGGACCGAGAACCCAUCUAAUAAGCUCCUCCAGACACGUGGUCAGCCCGGGACGCAUGAUGCAGAAUUAUCGGUUGCCUUCUUCCAGAGCCUGGGUGAUCGCAAAACAGAGAUUUUGAUCCCAUCUUUCGAUAAGAGUCUGUUUCAUGGCGAGGGUGGUCGCGCGCCAAUAGAGACCUGGCGUCGAAUUCCUCAAGGCACUACGGUGGACGUUAUUGUUUUCGAAGGGUGGUGCGUUGGCUUUCAGCCACUGGAUGAAAAAGAUGUUCGAUUGCGUUGGGAUGCAACAUCACAAUACCAAAUACCGACAAAAUAUCCUACAAAGACCUUGAAAGAACAUGCCAUUGAGCAUCUGCUACAGGUGAAUAAGAAUCUGCGUCAAUACUGCGACCUGUUUAUGGGUCCACAACACUUUGAUUUCCUGGUCCAUCUCGAUACAAACGACCUGGUUAAUGUCUACGAAUGGCGAAUCCAGCAGGAGCAUGCUCUUCGCCAGCGCACUAGUAGCGGAAUGACCGAUGAUCAGGUUGUGGCAUUUGUCAAAGGCUACAUGCCCGCUUACGAGCUGUAUCUGGACCAGCUCCGCCGCGGGUUCUUUCGAUUUGAUCAGCCUUACCAAGGGCAGUUGCGAGUGGUGUUGAAUAAGGACAGAAAGGUUGUGGAGACAAUUCUUUCUCGUUAA